AAGUUAGCCAACAGUUUUUGGACAGGCGAUUGCCUUGCUUGCUAGUAUCCUGAGAAGGAAAGCUCUGAGAUUUUGCAAGGACUGGAUGCGGAAGGAGGAUAUGAGGCAAGCUGGACAACUAAUGCUAAUUGUAAGCUCUGCUGGGAUCCAACUGUGGAAAACAUUUCACUGUGAGCACAAUUAUCAAGCUAACAUUAGCUAAUGACUGGCAACUAACAUCCACCUAGCUAGCGAUCAGCGGUUAAGCUGUUGUAGGCUGGAGGUACAUUUAACGUUCCCAGCUAACGAUGGGGACAUAAACGUUACCCAGGUUCAAAUAAUGCUGGUAUAUGCGGCCUAGCAUUAGCCGGUAACUAGCGUCAAUAGUAGUGUCUAAUGAUGUUUAGCUAAUGUUUGUCAGCCAGUUUGCAGUAAUGAACUGCUGCUGUCGAUUAUGUUUUUAUAUUUACCGAGGUGAUUGAAAGCGGUGCUGGUUAAGCAGGUCGAAUUGUACUGAUCAUAAAUGCAUAUUCGUUAGCUAGGCUAAAUUGUCUGCUAGCUUGCUAAUGUCAAUCAGAAAACUUGAUCUAGCUGGCACAGUAAUGGCCUUGAAAUGAGAAUAGUGUGUGUUAGCUCUGUCAUCCUGUCUGAAAUCUGAUAGAUAUAUCAACUAUGUAAUGUACAUCAAUUUAAAAGCUUUACACUCAUUUUAAUCAUUGUAACGUGAGUGUGUGCCAAUUUAAGUCAUUCUUACCUGUGCUUUUAGUGAUCAGUCAAAAAUUAUCCAACUCAUCGUUAGUAGCUGGUCAAAUGAUUAUUACUGUGUGAUCUAGGUUAGAAGUUAUGAAUGGUAAAUGAUUUUGACUCAACACAAUUAUAGUCUCAUUUAUCUUGUGAUCUUGUGCUAAAUUAAUUCAAGAUCAGCUGUAAAUCAAGAGGAAACUAUAUAGUUUCAUAAUCAUCAUGUGGAAUUUAAGGAAGUACUAAAGAUACAACUAGAAACUAACUAGAAAAGACACUUUAAGGUACUUUUCUCCAUAAUUUAUAUGUACAUCUGGACAGCUGACAGAUUUAUAAUACAUUUAAACUUAUUUUGUGAUUUACAGUGUAAUUUCAUGAAUGGAUUAUUGCUCAGCCCCCUCCCCAUUUAAUGCAAUGUUUAAUAUGUAGCUACAUAUGAGAAACAAAUCAGUUUUGAUCUUUCUUACAGAUGAAUGUUUUUUCAUACAUUCAGUGGGUUACCAAUGUGCCAAAAAGUCACCUUCUUGAUUACCAAACAAGGAUUAGGCUAGAGUGUGGCAACGUUGGUGCAGGGAGAGAGCACAUACUGGCACAAGAAUAUGCAAGGACUCUUAACCUCAACUGAGGUGUGCAUAUCCAAGACACAGAACUAUUGUCCUUAAUGACACAGUCUUGGUUAACCUGCCAUCCCCAAUGGAAGUGCCAUCGUAGACACAAGCUACUGUGGCUCGAACUGCUGCACAGUUUUAUGAGCUACAGCCUCGGAGGAAGCAUUUCAGCUUUUGGUUGAACUUGAAGGUGAAGAUGGGUUCCCAAGCUCUUCAGAUAUUGCGGCAGGGUGUGUGGGCUUCACUCACAGGAGGCUGGUAUGUGGACCCACAUCAGAGCACGUUCUCCAACUGCUUCCACCUCUACCUUUGGAUAUUUCUCCUGGCCUUCCCCUUUCUACUCUACAUGGCUCUUCCUCCUAGCUUGGUGGUUGCAGGCGUGUACUCUGCUGUAGUGGCAGUCUUUUUCACAGCCAUUAAGGUGGUGAACUAUCGGCUUCAUACUAUGUUCGACCUUGGGGAGAUUGUAGAGAAGAAGCAGGCCUCACUCACAGCCGUUGCUGCAAAGACUGACGAACGAGAUGAAGGUUCAGGUGCCCAUGAUGGGACUCAGCACAGGGAUAGUCAUGUUGGUGUAGAGAUGACUGUGUUUCGGAAGGUCAACUCAACACCCCCGGUGCGCUGUAGCUCCCAGCACUCUCUGUUUGGAUUGAACCAGGUGUCGGAGUUCUUGCCCCAGCUGGAGGAUACAGGAGGCACUAAGGAUAUCAAAGAGCUAAUGCGGGAACAAGGAAACAAUAAUGUGAUUGUUAGGUCAGCUCACCGGGAGAUCCUACGCCAGAGGUCCCAGGACACCAUUAGGGCUCCCAGUGUGGUACAGUCCUGCAUUGCUGCUGCUCUGGGAGGAGAUUUCCCCCGUCUCAUGGGAGUAUCUGGAAUGACAGCUGGAUUUGGAGAACCUGAAGACUGCUUGUCUAUCCCCCCUUCACCCUCCAGUCAAGAAGAUGGAGGCGAGAAAGAACAGUUCCAGGAAGUGGAGGAGUUACCAGAAAAACUUUCUCAACAGAAUCCUGAGGACAAUGGGUUGGGGGCCUAUUCUCCCCUUGGCCCCUCUGCUGAAUCUGAGAGCUUGGGGGAUACUCCUCUUAGCCCCCUAAUAAAGAGCAGCUUAAGUGAGGAGCUGAGUGAAAAUCUCCUUGGUUUGGGCCUUGACCCUGUGGCUUUUGCACCUGGGACUGCGCACCCAGGCAGCCGCAGUGGGGUAGCACUAGCUGCCGGAUCUACGGACAGCUGUUUCAGUGCAGGUGGAGCCACCACAGACCGUGAGACGCUGAGCACGGUUAGCAGUUACCGCAGUGAAAAAACUGAUUCCACUCAGCUGGAAAGUCCUUCAUUCAGCCAGCCCCGGCCUGCAGAUGGACAGGCUUCUGCCUCAGCAUCACUGAUAGGCUCCAACAUCCCCAAGCCCUCAGAGGAUCCAGCAGGGCAGGGUGGCAGUGAUACUGACAACCUGUCAGACAGUGUGCUACUGCGCUCCCCUUCCAAAGAAUUCUCCCUCAGCCAGGGCCUAGACAGGACACUUGUUGAAGGAGAGGAUUUGUCCCCCGUACUCUGUGAUAUUGCACAGCCCCGUCCUCUCCAGAACUCUUCCCCUUCAAGUAGUGGCCACUCAGAGGUUUGCGAUUUAGACAGAAAUGUACCAGUUCCUCCUCUACCCCCACCUCGGCAGGCCAAUUCAGUGCCCUCAGGGCUGGCCCUGGGUCUUGUGUGUUCUGAGCCUGCUUUGCCCAUAUCCUCUACCCCCUUUUUACUCUCUGACCAGCAUGCGCUGCAAGCCCAGCAGGUUGUGCGCCCUAAAGACUUAAAGCUGCUGCGGGCCAGCGGCAGUAGUGUAGGACACCGGCCAGGCCGAAGGAAAGCUCCACGAAGGCGAGCUGGAGCAGGAAGCAGUAGUUUUGACUGUGGCUCUUACAGGCGUCACCACAAUCAUAGACAGCACAGAGAUUACAUCCCUGUGCGCAGCCGACUGGGUGCCAAGGCUUACAGUGAAAGUUUGUUUGAGGAUUCCAGCGACGAGGACGAUGGCAGUGACAUGAGCGCUGGUUCUAGCCUGGGCUCUCAGCGCAGAUACAGCUCGGAUGAUGAUGACGACGACGAUGAUGACUCAAGUUCCUCUACCUCCUGCUAUUCCCCGGACCUCGCUAACACUGGUAUUACAUCCCCGCUUCCCCCUGCUGCUCAACUGCCCACUCCAAGGGAAGGGGAUUUACCUGAAACUGCUGGCCCCUCACAUUCUCGUGCUGCUCAGCGCUCUUCUAGCACUGCUAGUGCUAAGACUCAUGCAAGAGUGCUAAGUAUGGAUGGGGCAGGUGGAGGCCAGAGCAACACAGCGGCUUUGCCUUCUACUCUGCUUACCAUGCCCUCCACCUCCACCCCUGCACCUCGCACUCUCACCAUCUCAAAGUCUGAUCUGGAAGCCCGCACCAUGCAUACUGAAGGCUUCCCUGGAACUCAUCAUCAUCGGCUGGAUUCUCUUGGAGGCUCUUGGACUGGCAACCAGAUGGGCUGGAGGGCAGAAGAGCUGGUUGAAGAGGGAGCUGUGGGAGGAGCCUUGGCUUCAGAGGAUGGGGACAAACACGACUCAGUCAGCAGUGUUAAGAGGACCCAGGCCAUCCGCAGGAGACACAAUGCUGGGAGCAACCCUACACCGCCCCCUUCCACCAUGGGAUCCCCUCCCAGCCUUCAGGACCUCCAGCGGGCUCGGACCUCCUCUCAUUCGCGGACCCGCACACUUCCCUCAGCCUUACAGUUUGCCUCCUCACUCCUACUGCCCCGCAGUGGCAUCCAUGAGGCCUCCACCUUCGACGACACAUCAGAGGGGGCAGUGCACUAUUUCUACGAUGAGAGUGGAGUAAAGAGGUCCUACACGUUUGGACCUGGUGGAGGUGGUUAUGAGGAUCCAGUUCAGGAAAGGGAAAGGGAAAGGGAAAGAGAAAGGGAAAGGCAGUCCCAGUCGUCGAGCUUCACCUCCACUGAGGUCCAGGAAGGGGCCCCAGUCCUGUCCAUGCUUCAGCCGAGACCUGUGGUUCUACAGGGCAUGCAGGUGCGCAGGGUGCCUCUGGAAAUGCCUGAGUUUGAUCUGGAUCAUGAGUCUCUACAAGAGUCCCAGGAAAACACGCUGAUGAUUGAGGAGAAAGCCAAACCCAAACAGUACUAUCGUUUUUGGGUUCUUCCCGGAAAGUGGCUGAGGGUUCGAUAUGAUCGACUGGCUCUUCUGGCCUUAUUGGACAGGAACCGCCGUGUGGGAGAGAACGUGUUUGCUGUGGUGCUGGCCAGUCUGGUGGCCUUCCUGGGGUUCCUACUGCUGCUCCAGGGCUUUUUCAGGGACAUCUGGGUUUUCCAGUUCUGCCUAGUCAUUGCUAGCUGCCAGUACUCUUUACUGAAGAGUGUGCAACCAGAUGCAGCUUCUCCCAUGCACGGCCAUAACUGGAUCAUUGUGUACAGUCGGCCGGUCUACUUCUGCUUGUGCUGUGUGAUGAUCUGGAUCUUUGACCUAUCUGGACGCUCUGGCAGCCUGCAACCCUUCUCUCUCUAUGGUGUCACCUUCUUCUCUGCACAUUUCCUGCUCUUUAUCAGGGAUAUGCUCAUUGUGUUUGCCUUGUGUUUCCCGGUCAUUUUCCUGUUUGGGUUGCUACCUCAGGUCAACACUUUUGUGAUGUGUCUGCUGGAGCAGAUCGACAUGCACAUUUUUGGUGGAACUGCUACUACCAGCCCCCUCUCAUCUCUGUUCAGCCUCAUACGCAGCGUGUUGGUGGCUGCUCUGCUGUAUGGAUUUUGCCUCGGUGCUAUCAAUGUAGGUGGAACAGAGACACACUACCCCGUAUUUUCGCCAUGUAUGUUACUGUUUGUGUCUUAAUCCUACCACCUUGUCCUAAAAAUGCAGUACUCGGACCCCACAAUCCUCUGGUCACUGGUCCGGUCUAAAUUAUUCCCAGAGUUGGAGAACAGGACACCAGAAGAACCCCCUGUGGAGAUCAAGGACCCUCUUCCUGAGAAGCUGCGUAACUCUGUGAAAGAGAUUCUUCAUUCAGACCUCGUCAUGUGUCCCCUCAUGGCUGUGAUUACCUUCGCCAUCAGUGCCAGCACCGUUUUCAUCGCUCUUCAACCUGCUCUUAGCUUAGUGUUGUACAUCCUGGCCGGAGUUGUAGGUUUCAUUACACAUUAUCUCCUGCCUCAGCUCCGCAAGCAGCUGCCAUGGUUCUGCCUGGCUCACCCUGUGCUCCGCUCCAGAGAGUACAGUCAGUUUGAAGUCCGAGAUGCUGCUCAAUUGAUGUGGUUUGAGAAGCUGUAUGCGUGGCUUCAGUGUGUGGAGAAAUAUUUCAUCUAUCCGGCUGUGGUGCUUAACUCCCUAACGACAGAAGCUCGAACUGUGGGCCAGAACCAUAAAGAGCUGGACAUCUACAGCCGAGCUCUCUUCAUUUCAGUAGCAGGCAUGAAGUUGCUGCGUACGUCCUUCUGUGCCCCGUCGCAGCAGUACGUCACGCUGUGCUUCACCACACUCUUCUUCCACUUUGACUAUCCACACUUCUCAGAGACCUUCCUAAUCGACUACUACUUCAUGUCCAUUCUCUUCAGCAAGAUGUGGGAUCUGCUGUACAAGCUGCGCUUUGUGUUGACUUACAUUGCACCCUGGCAGAUCACCUGGGGCUCAGCCUUCCACGCCUUCGCUCAACCCUUUGCUGUGCCCCACUCGGCUGUGCUUUUUGUUCAGGCCAUCUUUUCUGCUAUCUUUUCCACCCCUCUCAAUCCUGUCCUGGGCAGUGCCGUGUUUGUCACCUCGUACACCAGACCUGUAAAAUUCUGGGAGAGAGACUACAACACCAAGCGCGUCGAUCAUUCCAACACCAGACUUGCCACUCAGUUAGACCGCAACCCAGGUGCUGAUGACAACAAUCUGAACUCUAUUUUCUACGAGCACCUGACGCGCUCUCUGCAGCACAGCCUGUGUGGAGACCUGCUGCUCGGCCGCUGGGGCAACUACACCACAGGCGACUGUUUCAUCCUUGCCUCCGACUACCUCAACGCUCUGGUGCACAUCAUCGAGAUCGGCAACGGCCUGGUCACCUUCCAGCUGAGGGGUCUCGAGUUCAGAGGUACCUACUGUCAGCAGAGGGAGGUCGAGGCCAUCACAGAGGGGGUGGAAGAGGAUGAGGGCUGCUGUUGCUGUGAACCUGGUCACCUUCCCCACAUGUUGUCAUUCAAUGCUGCCUUUGGACAGCGCUGGCUGGCCUGGGAGGUGGCCGCCACCAAGUACGUACUAGAGGGCUACAGCAUCAGUGACAACAAUGCAGCCUCCAUGUUGCAAGUAUUUGACCUUCGUAAGAUCCUCAUCACAUACUAUGUCAAGAGCAUCAUCUACUAUGUGAGUCGAUCUUCUAAGAUGGAGGAGUGGCUGACUAAUGAGACAAUUCAGGAGGCUCUACGGCCUUGUCUCGGGCCUAACUACGUAGACAGUGACCCCACCUUCAACCUGAACAUCGAUGAGGACUAUGACCACAGGGCCUCCGGCAUUACCCCCUCCUCAUUCUGCAUGGUUUACCUAGACUGGAUUCAGUAUUGCAACAGCAGGCGUCAAACGCCGGUGGCUUGUGAAAGAGAUUCUCCACUUGUCACCCUCUGUUUUGGGCUGUGUAUCCUGGGAAGACGAGCUCUGGGAACCGCCUCCCACAGCAUGUCUGCAAGCUUGGAGCCAUUUCUCUAUGGCCUCCAUGCACUCUUCAAGGGAGACUUUCGCAUCACGUCUCCCAGGGAUGAAUGGGUGUUUGCAGAUAUGGACCUGCUGAACAGAGUUGUGGCACCAGGAGUGCGGAUGUCCCUCAAAUUACAUCAGGACCACUUCACAUCUCCAGAUGAGUAUGAGGAUCCUAUGGUUCUGUAUGACGCCAUCACUGCCAAUGAGGAGAAGAUGUUGAUAUCUCACGAGGGUGACCCCGUGUGGCGCAGCGCCAUUCUAGCAAACAUGCCUUCACUGCUGGCACUGCGCCACAUCAUGGAUGACGGCAGCGACGAGUACAAGAUCAUCAUGCUUAACAAGAGGUUCCUCAGCUUCAGAGUCAUCAAGGUGAACAGAGAGUGUGUGCGUGGGCUGUGGGCGGGCCAACAGCAGGAGCUGGUUUUCCUGCGCAACCGUAACCCAGAGCGUGGUAGCAUUCAAAACGCCAAGCAGGCCCUGAGAAAUAUGAUUAACUCCUCAUGCGACCAGCCGAUCGGCUACCCCAUCUACGUGUCCCCCCUCACCACCUCAUACGCCGGGGGGCACAGCCAGCUCCGGUCAGUGUGGGGAGGCCCUGUCAGCCCACACAACAUUUACACCUGGCUCAUCAGUAGCUGGGACAGGUUACAGAAAGGCUGUGGUGCUGGCUGCAACAGCGGAGGAAACAUCGAGGACUCAGACUGUGGAGGCGGCUCCACCUCCAUCUCCACCAACCCAGCCGUUCACACCACCCAGAGUACACCCGCCUCCAGCCUUCCCCAGCCGCACAUCACCACUGUCCAGCCCUUCAUGGGUACAGACAACCCCGUAGGUCCAACCCAGAGCUGGCCUCACCACCCCCAACCUCUCCCAUUAGCUCUGCUUAGCCAAUCAGAGGGCAGGAUGGAAGCAGGACUGCUCACAACCCUUCAGCGGACAUCCUCCAUCCAGGGGCUCCUGUGCCAGCAGCUGUCCAGCUCCCAGCUUUCCUUUAGCAGCUCUGUGGCUCCUCCUUCUCUGCAAGGCCCAGAGCGCUUCUGCCCAGCGAGCCUCCUGGAGAACUCGGGGCACAGAGCAGGCCAGCGGGCUGGCCUCGGCCAGGGAGGCGGACUACACUAUGAGAGCCACUUUGGCAAGUGGAGUUUUUCAGGCAGGAAGGGCUUUAACGGAACAGCUGCAGUGGAGGGGGAAGGAAUAACAGUACAGACCAUACGCACACAGCCUACUCCUGCACCCCUACAAGAGGCCAUUCUGACACAAGAUCCUCUGGGAGCCACUCAGACGAUGGAUCCCACUCUGCUGACUGCAGGGGACCCCCCCCGAGAGGAAUCCACAGAGCUGCCUUUACUUGAGCACCUGCGCUGAGUCUGCACUGGGAGACCCCGAGUGACAUGCUCGGCAGUGAAAGCACACCGCGGUCGAAUCUGGACUGGGCCUGGCCCGUCCAGACCAGACUCAUUCCACCUUCUGGACUCAUUCCAUCAACCUUAACCUCUUACAGCCCACUGCAAUACUGGACGGAUUUGGUUAUUUACACAUCACCCCUCUCCUUCUCCGCCAAAGGAGUUAAACAUCUGAUAGCAUGCUGAACUGAUGCACGUCAGAUCAUGAAAUGAUUUCAGCCAACCUGGUUUUUCCAAAGUCAGCUUUCAUCAUGACUUGGGAUGAUAUACUCGUUCUUAUCUUUGUUUUCUGACAAAGGCAGGUGUCUCUAUGGACAACCUUUUGGUUGUAACAGUAGUGACAGGCCAGAAAGGCCAGUGCAAUUAUAAGGGAUGUUUUGCUUGAGGAUUUAUUAUUUUUCUAUACUGGAGAAUAGGGGAUCGCCUCAGACUUUGGCAUCUGCAGCAGCAGUUUUUAUUUGCAUAACCAAUGAAAAAAAAAUUUAAAAAAAAUAGCUCCUACAGUAUGUUGCUGUAUGUGCAGGUGAAGGAUAUAUGGAAACCAUGAUAAGCCUUGUUUUGUUUUUCCCCAUUUUACCAACCUCACCGGACCUACAGUUGCGCGUCAAACAAUAUUUAACAGUAUAUUGACCAAUUUCAGGAGCCUCCCCUUCUACUCCUUCCCUGCACAUUAUACAUAUUCAAAAAGGAAAAAAAACACACCCCACCAAAAUGUCAUCUUUGUCCUCUGGCCUAUUUCCUACAGAGGUGCCUGACAACAUCAACACUCAACAGUUCUGUCUUGAAGCAAGUAUCAGGGGGGUGGGGGGGAUGCCCCUUCCAUCCCAGCCAACACGUGGUGCUUUAACUGCUAGUUUACAGUCUAUUUAGGCCUGGAAACAAGUCCUGAAUCUGACUAGCAACACAGUGAUGUGGGUUGACUUCAGACAGAGCUGGUGUCCAUUGAUCAGGAUCAAGCAGAGGGUGAUUCCAAUCUCUGAAAAUUGUGUUGAUCACAGACCUACAAACUGGAAGUGUUAGGAACUUAAAGCCUUUUUGAUUGGGUGGAAUGUCUUUUUUUCUUACUUGAAGAAUAGGUGCACCAAGUUUGUUUUCUUUGGAUGACCGAUCAAUGACACCCUCUCUGAUCAGAUCCACUCAGCUCAUGACUUUCUCAAAUAAAGGGACCCAGGCUGCUUUGUGUGGGGAGCUCUGUUUUCUUUGCCUGCAGUAUGGCCCCUCCCGUUACUAUACUACUGCUUCUGCAUCUCCUGCUACUACUAAUAUACCCACUACUACUGCUGUUUCUACAUUCAAAUCCAGCGUUUUAGUUGGAAAUAAACAAAGUUGAAUAAAUACUGAAAGCAAA